AUGAUUAAUAACACUAAUGUCUCCAAAUUUUUAAUAAAUAAAACAAAUGUUCCAGAUUUAACUUCACCUGCAAUUCAAUUUCAUGGAAAUACUGCGCUCCAUUUUGCUGUCGUUAAUAAUAACUUGGAAAUUGCAAAUUUGUGCAUUUUACAUGGAAUGAGCGUCGACAAGAAAAAUAUGAAUGGAAUUGCUCCACUUCAUUUUGCAUGUGCUAUUAAAAGCAUAGAAAUGGCUAAGUUACUUAUUACUAAUGGUGCCGCCCCUAAUGUAACAGAUAAUAACUCGCAAAGCGCUAUUUCUUAUGCAGCAGAAUUCAAUUGUAAAGAUAUUGUUGAAUUACUUAUUUCUCAUGGUGCAAAUGUCAAUGCAGCUGAUUGUUAUAAAUUCACACCACUUUACAUUGCUGCAUAUAAAAAUUAUUAUGAAAUUGUUGAAAUCUUGUUAUCCCAUAAUGCAAAUGUAAACACUCUAAAUAAACAUUGGAAAACCCCCAUUCAUAUUGCCGCCAAAAAUAAUGAUCUUAAAAUGGUCGAACUUCUUAUUGCGCAUGGUGCACAAAUUAAUAUUCAAGAUCAUGAUAACAAACUUCCAGUUGAUUAUGCACAGGAAAAUCGCAAUCUGAGAUUAAUAGAACUUCUAUCUUUACAUUGA